AUGCGUCUCACCAAAAUACCCUCACCACCCACCUCGCUCCCAACUCUCUUCCUCGCCCUUCUCACAGCCCUCUCCUUCCCCUCCCGCGCCUUUGCAGUUCGCGGCCGUCCCAAAGAUGCCAUUCUCCUCUCUGAGGUCCAAUCCCUUACCCUCUACGCCAACAGACUCACCACCGCCCGCCGCACGAAGCCCAUACCCCAACUAAAGUGCGUCUCGCCCCAAUCCCUCUGCGACAUCGUCGUUCCCCAUCUCAAGACAAUGCGCUGUGUCAAUCAAGGACAUUCUUACACCUCGGAGGAUAUUGAAUGGGCUUGCACGGCAACGCUUCCCACAACCGUUCGUCUGGACCGGACGGAGGUUAUCUGUGAAGGGUACGAGUCGCCUGAUGAUCCGUACGUGCUGCGGGGGAGUUGUGGAGUCGAAUACACGGUGCAGUUGACGGCCGAGGGGGAGAGGAGGUAUCCUGGGCUGGUUGGCAUUGGGAGGGGGAACGGGGAUGAUUGGGCUGGAUGGUUAUUUGCGGUGGUAUUUGUUGCAGUGUUAGUGUGGAUUGUGUAUGGGGCUUGCACGCAGACCGGGAGGAAUGCUGGUGGUACUGGGGGUUUCAAUACCAACAGAAGAGGGGGAUGGGGACCUGGAGGAGGGGGCGGUGGGAAUGAUGCGCCGUGGGAUGACCCCCCGCCGCCAUAUCCAGGAACGAAGCCGUCCUCUUCGACUGAGCAGCAGGGUUGGCGCCCUGGGUUUUGGUCUGGUGCUGCUGCAGGAGCUGCGGCAGGCUACAUGGCAGGACGGAAUUCACGCAACCGGGAGAGGGAAUACGGAUAUGGAACGCGUUGGGGAGAAGGCAGUGGCUGGACAUCUGGAUCGGGCUGGGGCGGCGGACGAUCUUCGAGCUCGAGCAGCGCCGGUUCAACCUCCCGUCAUGAAACCACAGGAUAUGGGUCGACAAGCCGUCGUUGA